AUGGCUCUCUCGGUCUUCGUUCUCUUCAUCCUGAAGAGUGUGUUUGGCGCGCUGGGGAAUCAAGGAGAGCACGAGUUGGUAAUUAUAAGCAAUAGCUGGUGGCGGGAAGGGGGCAAUGGGAAGCAAGUGCAGGCGCCAAUAAUCGACUUCUUCAACCUGGAGCAGCUAAGGAUCGGGAAUGCAUCCUGGCCGGGCAUCGAUGCAACUACACUGGAGCAGGUCCUACGACACACUGCGAAUCCAGAGAAAGAGUUGAUUCUGACGACGAUUGGCGUUGAUCGUCCGGACCCCAGGCUCUGGAAGAUGGCUGAUUACAACCGCAACUUUGUGGGCCAUCUGCAAAAGCUGAACCUCACAAACUACUUCAUUGUGGGGGUGGAUGACGAGGCGUGUCGCUCCACGCUUUCGGUCGGCAUCCCUUGCUGGCGUGAUGAUAUGAAGUGGCAAUUGAACCAGACGUUUGAUACUGGCAGGCAGGUCACAUUGAAGUGGUUUUAUCUCCGGGAGAUUGUGGCGCGAGGCUAUCACCCCAUAUUUCUAGAUAAUGACGCAGUCGUGCGUCAGGAUCCCUUCAAGCAUUGGGAUCGAGAUUACGAGGUCCAAGCACUGUACGAUAUGGCUGAGGGGGAAUUCACACAGGUAGCGGAUCUGGCGCUGACGGAGAGAGUGACGUGUCCACUGCGGUACGCGCACCUGUCGAGCCCUCUGUGUGCCUCCACGGGAACGAUGUUCUUUCGCGCGACGCCCUCUGCGGAGGCGUUUCUCACGUCAAUGGUCGAUCAUCUCGCAGCAGAGCCUACUUACUGGGAGCAGGAGAUGUUCCAAACGGAGCUCCUUCCGUACAUCGUCGACUCUUUCGAGGAGGCCAACAAGCUGUUCAGAUCGAAAGAGGCAGCGGCUUUCUACCGGUCCAAGAACUGCCAAAACGUGUUCUUGCGGUUUCAGUAUCUUCCCUUGAAGAUGUACCACAAUCUGCACACCAUGAGGGCGCGACAUCGGUUACACCUCAGCGUCGACUCCGUUAUCACGCACUGUGGAACGUUCAACUCUCCGGAGGGCGACUAG